AUGGUUAUUAAAUUGAUUUAUAUCGGCAAAGUGAGAGAAUUGUUGCAGGCAGACCCCUCCAGUGUCGACGUCGGAAAGCUGUCUCCUUACAGAGUGAGGAAGCACGGACGAAGCAUGUCUGUGCAAUCUUCUUUGGAUCCAUACGGGAGCAACACGACUCUGAGCUCCUGUGGAAGCGACCAGGAACAGGAACAGGACAGUGGGGUUAAAAUCGAACCGCAGAUCAAUCUCAUCAAUGAUAGUAUACAGGACAACUACCAGGACUUAAUGACGUCGACAAUGAUCCUAACCAGGCAGGAAAACUUCAUUGAAGAUGACGGAAAUCUUGAUAGGACGACUGGACUCUACAUAAGAUUGGUUAUCAAGCAGGAUGGACGGCCCGAUCUUGUUUGGCUUUAUAAAACUCACAAAUUUUGA